AUGUUGAAUUUCAAAUUAAUUAAUUUUUUAAUUGUAUAUAUAUUUUAUGUUCGUAUAUAUCAAUCUCUAAAUGAAAUAAUUGAUGCUCAGAAAGAGCUGGAUAAUUUCUAUUUGUGUGAUUAUAAAUGUGAUGAAGGAGAAAUUUGUAUAUAUACUAAUAAACAAAAUAACGUGUACAAAUGCAUUAAAAAAGAAGAAAACGAAGUAGCAUUAAGAAUAGGUAAGAACAAUUCUGCAAAAAAAAAAAAUAGUGAUAAGGAUAAAAAUGAAAAAAAUCGCGAAAUAUAUAAUAUGGAUAGAAUAAAAAUUCCUAAAUCAUUUUUAUGUAAUUCUGAAGAAUCAAAGAAAUGUAAAAAUCAAGUGUGCUUAAAAAAUAAAAAUAAAGCUAUGUGCUUAUGCCCAAGCGGUAAAAAAUUUAUGAAUAAUGAAUGUAAGGAUAUAAUUGUUUUAAAUAAAAAAUGCCCUGAACAUUUAUGUGAUAGUAAUGCUACAUGUUUUUUAAAUGAAACAAAAAUGAAAUUUAAAUGUAUAUGUAAUGAUGGAUACUGGGGAUUUGGAAAUGUAUGUUUUCCUUUGAAAAAUUUAUUAUCUAAUAAAGGGAAAAUAUAUAAAAAUAAAAAAAAAAGAAAUGAUAAAAAUUCUUUCCCAAAAAAUAAAAAAUAUAAAGAGAAAAGGAAGAAAAGUGAUGAAACAGAAAAUAAGAAGAAAGAAGGAGAAAGAAAAGAAAAAAAAGAAAAAUUGGAAAAUAUAGGAACUACUAAUGAUUCUUUCCACUUGGAUAAGAAUGCGAAAAUACAAAAUUAUUCUAGAAAAGGAAGAAUUUUAAAUGAUGCUGGUUGCAAAUUAGAUUGUGGAGAACAUGGGAAAUGUGUAAAAGAAAACAAUUAUGAAUAUUGUGUUUGCAAUCCUGGAUAUUCUAGUAAUAUAGAGAAUAAUUUUAAAUGUGAAGAACACUGUAAAGUAAAUAACGGGGGAUGUGAUCCUAAUGCAUCAUGUGAACCUGUAGAACCAGCAGAUGAAGAAAAAAAUAACGUUAUAAAAGGGGUUGGAGUUAUUUGUAAAUGCAAAAAUGAAGAUACAAAGUAUAAUGGUUAUUACUGUAGUUCUAGUUAUUUAAUAAGUUUUAAUUUUUUCUUCCUUAUUUUAUUUUUUUUAUAUUUAUUUCACUGA